CCAGGAACGCGCCCUCCAGCGCACUGCACAGCUGAUCAUGUGAUGUGCGCCCUGAUGAUCAGUACCCAGCAGUGCCACCCACCUGUGCCCAUCAGUGCACAGCAGUGCCACUCAUCAGUGCUCCUCAGCAGUGCCACCCAGCAAUACCACCCAUCAGUGCUGCCCAUGAGAGCUGCCAGUCAGUGCUGUCAGUAUUGCCCAUCAGUGCUGCCUAUCAGUACCCCUCAGUGCCCAUCAUUGCUGCAUAUCAGUGCUGCCUCAUCAGUGCCGCCUAUCAGUGCUGCCUAUCCGUGCCACCUCAUCAGUGCUGCCCAUAAUUGCUGCCUAUCAGUGCCCGUAUUUGCUGCGUAUCAG